AUGGACCCUGAUCCGCAUCUGCAAGCGCAGCAUGAGCAAUUUUUGAUGCAUUCUGAUGAUCGCAGUGAUGAGGAUGAGAAAGGGCAGCCUAGACAUGGUCGGCUGCAUCGAUGGUACACGGGCUGGAAGUUUACGCUUUCCUUAGCAGCCGCUGCAUGCAUUCUUGUUCUUUCCUUCAACCUUGGCUUUCUACUAUGGGCUGUUGCGAGGCAUCAACUGGCGGACAACCGCGGUGUUCUGUACGAAGGCGAUUGCGACCGAGUGAAGCGGUUAAGCACCGGGCUGCAUCUUCUGAUCAAUGUCCUCAGCACGACUCUGCUGGGUGCAAGUAAUUACGGGAUGCAAUGCCUCUGCGCGCCCACCCGAAGGGAUAUCGACCAGGUGCAUAAACAAGGCAGCUACCUUGAUAUCGGCGUGCCGAGCCUACGGAAUCUUUCCUACAUCCCCACAAAACGGACGCUUCUCUGGAUCUGUCUGGCGCUAUCGUCGCUUCCUCUGCACCUUGUGUACAACUCCACGAUCUUCUCAACGACCGCAGCCUAUCCGUACACAAUCUUUGCUGGCCACGAUUCUCUAGGCACCACGCCUCUAGCAGACCUGAAUGCAGGCCAGCUAAGCGAGGAGCACACCACCGCAUUCCGACGUCUCUACAGCGGAGCACAAAACGGAAGUUUGGAACAACUGGAUGGCCCUGCGUGCGUCAAUGCCUACGCAACAACCUUCCAGACAAAGCACGGCGACCUGCUGCUAGUAACAGACAAUGUGAGCUCGCCAAAUCAGUACGACUACGUGGGCGACCAAAUGGUUUACAGACCCCUGGCCGGCCCCGAGGCCGACCUGCCCUUCGGCGACCCAUACGGCUGGAUGUGCCAGGACAACUCUUGGAAUUGGUGCAGCGCAUAUCUACCCAGCAUCCAGUCGGCCGCGAACAACAACACCUGGGUUGUGUACGCGGGCGACGACGAUGAUCGCACGUACCGCGUGGACGCAUGUCUCGCUGUUAAUGUUCCCAAACUCUGCAAGCUGCAGUAUUCCCUGCCGCUGACGAUCGUCGUAAUCGCUGUCAAUGCCGUCAAGGCUGUUAUACUGUGCUAUAUGGCUGUUAUGAUGAGUGGAGUUCCGAUCCUGACCACGGGAGAUGCUGUGGCUUCCUUUCUGCAUAAGCCAGACAAAUACACCCGGGGUCGAUGCUUGUUGUCUGCGCAACAAGUCCAGAAAACAGUCAACUCAGCACCGCGGGUUCCACCAGCCUUUACACCUUUGGCCUACACCAAGAGGACGAGGAGAAGACAUGCCGCUGCGUCUCGUUGCCAAUGGGCGACUAUUUCAGUAUGCUGGCUAAUAGCCAUUGUGAUCUGCAUUGCUCUCCUGAUCCACGCUCACAGAUUCGAUGGCUCCGCAGUCUGGGACGCCGAAUUCGGGUCGAUCAACGCCCAAGCGCUCAUCAAGGGGUCCGGCUGGCCAACAUCCCUGAUAUCGAACACCAUGAUAGCAAACACCCCGCAACUCCUCUUCUCCAUCCUCUACUUCAGCUUCAACAGCAUAAUGACGGCUAUCUGCCUUGCUACGGAAUGGUCCAGCUACGCCCUAACACGAAAGCCCCUCCGAGUAUCCUGGAACCCGCAGUCCCACCAACGGAGCAGCUAUUUCCUCUCCCUGCCGUACCGCUACGCGCUACCACUCAUGCUGGCAUCUGCGAUCCUGCACUGGCUGAUUUCACAGAGUCUAUUCCUCGUCGGGAUCGAAGCGUAUGAUCUCCGGUGGAGACGGUCAACAGACCGCGACCUGAUCACAUGCGGGUAUAACCCUGUUGCAGUGGUGAGUUCUAUCGCGGUUGCAGUUGUUAUGCUUGGUUGUCUGGUUUGGAUGGGGUUUAGGAAGUUCUCGUCUGGAACUGGGAUCCCCAUUGCUGGGAGCUGUAGUUUGGCGAUGGCGGUUGCUUGUCAUCCGCGGUUUGAUGCGAAUUUGGACGAGGAGGGAUUGGGGCGGAAUGUUAGUGGUGAGAGGAUGGAAUAUCUGCCGCUGCAAUGGGGCGCUGUGCCUGUUUCUGGUGAGAUUGGGCAUUGUACCUUUACCUCUGAGGAGGUGGAGGUUCCUGAAGAGGGGAGGAUAUACCAGUAA